AGUUCUGUAUCCCUACGGCGGCAUUGUGGCAACAUCAUUGCAACGCUAAAGUUGUUAAUUGUGUUAAACCAAUAAAACGCGACGAAUGUGAAAAUCGAUAUUCACAAGCACACAAUUCGCAACUCGCCAAAAUAGUCGUUCAACAAUAUCGAGAGUCGAAAAAAAACAAGAAGAGUGUGUAAAAAGUUUUUCUCCGUGCAACAAAAAAGGGGAAUCAAUAAAAAUUACUAUAAUGGCGCAAUUUGUGGUAAUCACGAGCAUAUUCCUGUAUGCUUCCUGUUUCAUGCUGCUGUGCGCCGCUCAGGUACCACAACAACAAUACCAGCAACAACUGCAACAACAAACGCAACUCACAAAAGUGCCAUUGGUCAGCGACAAUGUUGCUGAAAUGCUUGUGGCUGCGGGCGUACAAGCCAACGUGGGAGCUGGUGCAGGUGUGGGUGUGGCAGGUGGUGUGGGCGGCAUUGUAGCGCCCAGCGUCGGCUCUGUUGCAGAAGAGAAGGAGGUAGAGCGUGUUUACCAUCCGGCAGCCGUAACCAAACCACGAAUAAUCGACCAAUAUGAUCAUCGCUCCUUGGACGGACACUUUGAGUACAGAUAUCUGCUGAGUAACGGUGAAGCUCGUUAUGAACGCGCCUACUGGUUGCCUGCGGGGAAAAGUAUGGUGUUGGCACGCAAAGGAUAUUACUCCUACCCACUGUCGCAUGAUAAAUACUUAACCGUCUUCUAUACUGCUGAUCAAAAUGGUUUUAGACAGGAUUCAACUACAUACAGCCGAACUCAACCGCAUCUUCCGCGUAGUAUUGAAGUGCCUGAAUAUGUACCGCAAACGGUUUAUGCCGCAAAUGAACCAGUAACACAACGUCCACCUAAACCACAUGUACACGCCUCCACCACAACUCCAAGACCUUUUGUUCCGUCAACCAGUAAUCCGUUCCUUCAAUUGAAACCAACACCGGUUCCUCAUGUAUCAGCACAUCAAGCUAUUGUGGGUCAUGGUCAACACUUACACGGUCAUCAGUCACAAACGCAACAUUCUUCCGUACAUUCCUCAUCAGCAGCUCAUUCAUCAGCAGGCGGUCAUGUAGCAUCUGCAGCUCACUCAUCCACUGGAGGUCACCAUUCGGCAGGAGUUCAUGCUGCAUCGGUUGUUUCUUCUUCUUCUGGAGGUCUCCAUUCCGUAGGAAGUAAGCCUGUGUCAGUUCAAGUAUGGCACUCGCAAGUCGGUGUUCCAUCGUCGUCGUCAUCACCUAGCGUUCAUCAUUCGUCAGGAAUUCACACCCAAUCUGGAGUACAUCUAGCAGUUCCCAAUCAAUCGGCAGUUCAUUCUGCGUCGGGUGGUCAUUAUGCUGGUGGAAGUCAUUCCCAAGCGGGAGCUCAUUACAAUAUUCCCAUCCAAUCAGCCGUUCAUGCCUCAUCGGGUGUUCAUUCGUCCUUAGGUGGUCAUUUACAGGCGGGAGUACAGUCAGAAGUCCCUGUCGCUUCCGCAGUUCACUCUUCCGUAGGCGCUUAUCCACCACCUCCAGUUCAUGUCCCAUCGGUGCAUCAAACCUCUACAGGAGCACCCUCAACAGUUGUUCCCCAUUUUCGUCCCACAGUACGCCCAUCCAACCAAGUGCACUCCUCUCAUCAAUAUCAAUCAGCUUCACAGGGUUCUUCAGCAGGAGUUCAUCCAACCGUUGCUUCACCCACAGCAGUCCCGAUUCAAUCAUGGCAUUAUAGUUUUUAAAUAAACCAAGUAUGAUUGAGUAAAAAGAUGAUUAAGACGUUAAAGAUAUGUGGAUAUGGCUUAUGAAACUAUGAAUUUCGAUUAAUUUAUCUUCUUUUUUUUAAAUUCGAAAAUAAAAAAUACGUUCUUUAUGCUGUA